CGCACAGAAGCAUCGCUGCUGAUGAACAUUAGCUCGGGAGAAGGCGAGCCGGCAUUGCUGGACUCGGCUUGGGUUUCCUGGGCUAUAUGUUGCAGGGCUGAGGAAUGCCAGAACUAAGUGGCUCCAGAUGUGCCUACUUGGCAGUCUUUCGUCCAAACAUUACCGAAGGGAUGCAGGACUGACGCGAUUGCACUGGAUAUGGAAACAGCCAGGAGGCAAUUCCCAUAAUACCGCACCGGAUGUCUCCUAGAAAUUUGUGGAAACAAUGAGAGUUCAACUCAAGGGCGAUGCCAUUUGCACUCUCUUCCUGGUGGUAGCCCUUUUUACCAUGCUCUAUUCCCAGCUGGGCCACACUUCCCAGAGAGAAGAAAAGGCGGAAGGCCGGAAGAAGCCGCCAGCGGCCACCCGGGGGCUCUUCCACGUUCCCAGUGUCCUCCAGGAACAGCCGAACGCGCAGGCGACGGCAGAAGAGCCCAGGAUGACGUCUGCUGUGAAACGCAUCAAGGUGGCAAGUCAAGACGGGCAGCUCCACACUCCCCCGCCUUUGACGCCUUCCACGUUUGACUUUAGACAUUACCUUCGAAACAAAGACCACAGGAAAUUCGACCUUCUCAUUAAUCAGCCCAAGAAGUGCAAGAGGACGCCCGCGGGGCCCUUCUUGCUCAUUGCCAUCAAAUCGCUGGUGGAAGACUUUGACCGCCGAGAGAUCGUGCGGAAAACAUGGGGGAGAGAAGGAGCGGUGAACGGGGCACAGGUGCAAAGGGUUUUCCUCCUGGGCAUCCCAAAGAACAAGACGGCGUUGCCAACGUGGGAGACCCUUGUCCAUCAGGAAAGCCAGAUGUACCGGGACAUCUUGUUGUGGGACUUCCUCGACACUUUCUUCAAUCUGACCUUGAAAGAGAUACAUUUCCUAAGCUGGGCUGACGAAUUUUGUUCCAGUACCAAGUUCAUCUUCAAAGGGGAUGCCGAUGUUUUCGUCAACGUGGAAAACAUUGUCCACUUCCUUGAUAGUCAAGAUCCCUCGGAAGACCUGUUUGUCGGCGACAUCAUCUACAACGCGCAACCGAUCCGAACCCGCAAGAGCAAAUACUACAUCCCCGAGACAAUGUAUGGCCUGGGCACAUAUCCAACUUACGCUGGAGGUGGCGGCUUCCUAUUAUCCAGCAGUACCAUGAAGAAACUCUCCCAGGCCUGCGGCCAGGUAGACCUCUUCCCUAUUGACGACGUUUUCCUCGGCAUGUGCUUGCAAAGGAUCAACCUGAAACCUGUUUUGCACGAAGGGUUCAAGACGUUCGGAAUAACCAAGCCCUCAGCUGCCCCAAACUUGCAGACGUUCGAUCCCUGUUUUUACAAAGACCUCAUGGUAGUCCACAGCCUGAAGGUAGCUGAAAUUUGGCUGAUGUGGAACUUGCUGCACAAUGCACGGCUUUCAUGCACGCAAAAGAAGCAAGUGAAGAAGGCUUUCCGGUGGAAAAUGAUCCCGAGAGGGACCACGAAGGGUUAUAAGGCUGACGACACACACACGGUCAUCCAGCGAUGACUUGACUUGCGCGGGCGCAUGAAGCACACCGUUGAAAGACUACAGGUGGAGCGUAGACAUCACCCGACGUCACCUAAGACCCAGUCGUUUUCAAGUAGGGAGAUCUAGUGAUGGACACACUUGUUUGAACUAGUUAUGUGUAGAGGGAGGAAAUAUAGGGGGUAGGAUCCAACUUAGCUGGACUGUUUGCAGAAG